AGAAAUCGCCACACUGACAUCCAAAGGGGUUGUACCAGCUUGCAUUCCCACCAGCAAUGCAGAAAUGUUCCCUUUUCCCCACAACCUCUCCAGCAUAAAUUAUCAUGAGUGUUUUUGAUUUCCUACAAACACUUUAUUAGCAACUUGUGGGAAGUUGCUGGUUGCGUUAGGCCACCUGCCAUUCAGCCCAUGAGGAUCAGGCUGAACCAUCUACUGCACCUGAGGGGGAGAGAGGCUGACUCCCCAGGCUGACCUGAGGUAACAGGUGUUCACAUAGGACUUGGAGACUGAUAUGGAGGUUUGUGUUUUAAGCAAAUGAACAUGAGUUUGUUAUUGGGGAAUAUUUGUUUGCUGUGGAAUUCCCAAGUUUGUGAGCAGCUCAUUUGGCCAGUUGGACAUUUAGAUGUGAAAAGAGGGAGGGACAGUGAUGGGUCUUGUUAUCUCUCUAGAGUCCAGAGUCAGACUCCAGCAGGGCCCGUGGCUGUCUGCCACAUCAGACGCUUUGAUAGCCAAGUGGAGUUUGGCUGUGCUGGCCUUCCUCUCUUCUCCCAAUGUGGCAGUGCCAUAGUGACACAGGAGGACUGCUGAGGGAAUUCCAGAUGCUCUCUCUCAGCUUUGACCCGGAGGACCCUUUCCUCAAGGCAGAUCUGAACUGGGCUGCUUACUUUCUGGCCUGUUUGUCAGCUGCUGAGCCCUGCACUUCUAUCCACUACUGACCUAGCUGUUUCCCACUCCCGAAGCUGAGUGAGGGGCGUCUGAGUCUGCCGGGAGGUUUCCUUAGGUUCAGAGGCUGAGUGGAGCACAGCCCCACGUGGCCCUAAAGCAGGAAAAUGUAAAAAACGAGGUGAUGGCCUGAAGACGGAGAAUGACCCCCAGGAGGCGGAGUCUGAAAUGGCUCUGGAUGCUGAGUUCCUGGACGUGUACAAGAACUGUAAUGGGGUGGUCAUGAUGUUUGACAUCACUAAGCAGUGGACCUUCAAUUAUGUUCUCCGGGAGCUUCCCAAAGUGCCAACCCAUGUGCCGGUGUGCGUGUUGGGCAACUACCGUGACAUGGGCGAGCAUCGAGUCAUUCUGCCAGACGAUGUGCGUGACUUCAUUGACCACCUGGACAGACCUCCAGGUUCCUCCUAUUUCCGCUAUGCUGAGUCUUCCAUGAAGAACAGCUUUGGCCUGAAGUACCUGCAUAAGUUCUUCAACAUCCCAUUUUUGCAGUUACAGAGGGAGACGCUGCUGAGGCAGCUGGAGACAAACCAACUAGACAUUGAUGCCACUCUGGAGGAGCUGUCAGUGCAGCAGGAAACCGAGGACCAGAACUACAGCAUCUUCCUUGAAAUGAUGGAGGCUCGAAGUCGAGGCCAUGCAUCCCCUCUGGCAGCCAAUGGGCAGAGCCCAUCCUCAGGCUCCCAGUCGCCAGUUGUGCCUCCAAGUGCUGUAUCCACAGGGAGCUCCAGCCCCAGCACUCCCCAGCCUGCCCCCCAGCUGUCCCUCAGUGUCUCCUCCACCUGUCCCAAAGCACCAUCUCCUGUACCCCCUUUGGAGGCCACGCCCUCUGUACACCCUUCAGCCCCAGCUCCAGCCCAGCGUCGUAGUAUCAUCUCUCGGCUGUUUGGGACCUCGCCAGCUGCUGACGUGACCCCUUCACCUCCAGAGCCAGCUCCAGCUCUAGAGGUCCCAGCAAGAGUCCAGAACGUUGAGGAUUUUGUUCCUGAAGAUGGCCUUGACCGAAGCUUCCUAGAAGAUACAACCCUACCUAAAGACAAGAAUAAAAUUGGAGCCAAAGGCCCACAGCAGGAUAGUGACAGUGAUGAUGGGGAAGCCAUCGGAGGCAACCCAAUGGUGGCAGGUUUCCAGGAUGACGUGGACAUAGAAGAUCAGCCACAUAGCAAAUCCCUGCUGUCCUCAGACCCCGUCCCCAGUAAGAAUAUCAGUCUUUCCAGUGAGGAGGAAGCUGAAGGACCUGCAGGCCACCCCGGAGUGGCUCCUCAGCAAUGCUUAGAGCCUGAGACAAAAUGGUCCUCCACCAAGGCCUCACAUUCACAAAAGGGAGCUCCCACACGAGCCAUACCCUCAUGGUCAGAUGGUCUCACCACUGGCUCAGGGCCUGACCACGGCAGUACCAAGCCACCCACUGAUGGCACUCCUAGACCCCAGGAAGGGAAAGACAAGCAAGUGUCAUCAGAAAGUGAUCCUGAGGGUCCCAUUGCUGCCCAGAUGCUGUCCUUCGUCAUGGAUGACCCUGACUUUGAAAGUGAUGAAUCGGACACACAGAGGAGAGUGGGGGUAUUCCCAGUAAGAGAAGACCUUUCUGAUGUGACCGAUGAGGACACUGGAUCUGCCCAGCCACCCCCACCCUCCAAACCCCCAGUCUCUGCUUUCAGACUGCAGAAUGACUCAGAUCUCUUUGGUCUGGGCCUGGAGGAGACAGGACCUAAGGAAAGCAGUGGUGAAGAUAAAGACGGCAAACUUCCCUCUAAAGAGAAGAAGAAAAAGAAGAAGAAAGGCAAAGAGGAGGAAGAAAAGGCUACAAAAAAGAAAAGCAAACACAAGAAGAACAAGGAUAAGGAGGAAGGCAAGGAGGAUCGGAGGAAGAAGAGGAAGCCCCCUCGGAGCAAGGAACAGAAGGCUGCAGAUGAGCUGGAAGCCUUCCUGGGGGGCGGGGCUCCUGGCAGCCACCACCCUGGAGGUGGGGACUAUGAGGAGCUCUAGGCUGCCAGAGGCAGUUGGUUUUCCUGGGAAGAGGGGAACUGAUAGUGACUGAUUUGGGGAGGCUGCUGCCUAUGCACCCACGUUCCCAGGACCACCCUGCCACCUAUGUCCCCCAGCCAUUGUGUCUGCCCUCAUUUGGUCUGGCCCACUCGACAUUGAUUUUUGUGCUGAAGACCUUGGUGGUGGUCAGGCCUCUGGUCAGGCGCUGCAAGUGCUGGGCCUCAACCCAGUAGAAGCCUGCUCUGCAGGGAGGGAGGGGACAGAACAGAGUUGCAGCUGGUUUGGUGGACCACCUGGCCCUCCCCAGAUAGAGCUGCAGCCAGUCCCCGGUGUUUCUCAGGGAUGUGCCUGGGGCCGAGAAGGGACCCACCAGGGUCUGUUUACAGAGGCAGGGUGUGGGACUGCUUGGCUUCUCAAAUGUCCACCACCCAGCCCCACUUCCUGCUUGCCUUCCUGAGCUCUCCCAGGGCCAUAGCAUGGCUUGGGUUGUGGACCUUCUUCCCCAUGGAUCCAGAGUAGAGCAGGGUCAUACCCUGAGCACAGAUGUGUACUCGUGAGGGUGUGGCAGCAUCUGCUACUGCAAAGUGGCCCAGACCCCGCACUGGUUAAAGCUGGCAAGAGAACACAAUGUACCACCUCUCCUGUGGGAGAGGCACUAACAGCUUGCCACUAUGUGCCAGCUGUGCCUCUGCCCAUUGAGCGCCUGCGCAGGUGAGCCUAGAGGGCGCCUUCUUAAACACUCCGCCCAGACUAUAAAGCUCUCUGAUUUUA